AUUUUUCUUUGAAAAGUUAAAUUUUGACUUAUAUGUGUUUAGUUUUAUGUAUAUUAAACACUUUUAAAGUUGAUUUUAAGUUUUAUGAAUUAUUUGUUUGUACAGUAAAACCUCUAUAAAUUAAUAAUGUUGGGACUACACCAAAAAUAUAGUUUUUUUAUUAAUUUAUGAGGUUUUGUAAGUAUUCUGAGAUUUUGUAAGUCUUCUCAUAUAGUAGAUCUUAAAAAUAUUUAUAAAUUUUAUAAGAAAUAUUUUGAUGGAGAAAAAAUUGAAAUGAUGUAAUUAUAAACAUUUGACAUAGAUGGGUGAAUGUAGUGUGUCAUGGUAUUCUUUGGUUAAGGGUUUGGUAACAUAUGUUGUAGUAUUGUAUGUAUUUUUAGAGUUAGAUUUUGAAAACAUAACCUUUUUUUUUGAAAAAUUAAAUUUUGACUUAUAUGUGUUUAGUUUUGUGUAUAUUAAACACUUUUAAAAUUGAUUUUAAGUUUUAUGAGUUAUUUGUUUCUACAGUAAAACCUCUAUAAAUUAAUAAAGUUGGGACUAUACCAAACUAUAGUUUUUUUAUUAAUUUAUAGAGAUAUUAAUUUAUCGAUAUACUAAUUGAACCAAAAACUCAAUUUGGGACUAUAAAAUUAUAUUAUUUUAUAGAAAUUUUUAGUGUAUAUUAAUUUAUAGAGUAUUAAUUUAAAGAAGUUAUACUGUAGUUAGUUAGUUAUUUUGAAUUUAGGAUUUUAUGUGACUUAAGUUUUCUAACAAAUAAUGCAUUAGAAGACUUUCGCGAAAGACAUGUGGGCGAAUAGUAAAUGUAGGGUCUAGAAGACUUUCAACUAAGUCUUCUAGAAAGUAUGUAUCAAAAAUAUUUUACUUUAUUAGAAUUUUUGUCUCCAUAUAUAAAGAAGAUUUACACAUUCUCUCUCUUCAUCUCGAAUGGUUGCAACAAAAAUGUAAUGUUUGUCAUUCUAAAACACUUCAACCUCUCUUUAAUCUCUUUGAACUUAAAAACACCAAACUUUAUAUUUAUUUAUCAUUUUUAUCUCAGGUCUUUCAGACUGAUUUAUUUUGUUUUUACAUGUUUUUCAUUACAUGGUUCUCAUCUUCCACUCCUUUAAAUGUACAUCUAUAAAUCAUAUUUUUCAUUUGGUAAACUCUUGUUGCUUAACGCUCUUAGGGCAUCUACAACCCCACUCUAUUUUUCACUCUAAAAUAGAGUUUAGAGUAAAAAUACUCCAAUGGUACUCUAUUCCUCAUCUAUAAUAGAGUGAAAAAUAGGUUUACUCCAAAUAUAGAGCAAAUUGUUUUUUUUUUAUUCAUCACUCUAUUUUCUACUCUAAAAUAGAGUACAAUCGGAGAAAACUUAAACUAUAUUAUAGAAUUACUCUAUUUUAGAGUAAAAUAGAGUAAGCCAUUGGAGAUGGUCUUACCUUUUGAAAACUCUUUUGGUGGUUUUAAGCUUUUACCUUAUUUUUAAAGUUUUUCAAUGUUUUGAAGCCAUUUAAAUGCUUUUGGAUAUGCAGGUUUUUCAGAUAUGAAAAAGACUUGGAAGACUUCCCUAGUCUUCUAACAUUUAAUGCACUAGAAAAAGUUUUCUUCCAUGUCUUCUCUUUCAUAACAGAUAUGUGUGUUUUGGUAAGUUUUUAUGUCUGAUUUUUCUUUAUUUAGUAACAUUUGGUUGCUUAAAGCUCUUAUAUUUUUCUCAAACUAAAACUCUCCAAUCUUUGUAUAAUCUCUAAGAACUUGAAAACACCAAACUUUAUAUCAAUUUAUCUUUUUUUGUCUCAUGUCUUUCUCACUAAUUCAUCUUGUUUUGUAAGUUUUUUAUUACAUGGUUCUCAUCUUCCACUCCUUUAAAGGUAAAACUCUUAAUCAUAUUUUUCCAUUUGGUAACCUCUUGUUGCUUAAAUCUCUUACCUUUUGAGAACUCUUUUGGUUGUUCUAAGCUCUUACCUUAUUUUUGAAAAUUUUCUAUGUUUUAAAGUCAUUUGAAUGCUUAUGGAUAGGUAGGUUUUUCAGAUCUGAGACAGACUUGGAAGACUUCUUAGGAAGUUUUAUAACAUUUAAUGUACUAGAAAACUUCCAGGAAUCUUCCACCAUAUCAAGUGGAGUCCAAGUUUGUCUUUGAGGAGAAAUGAUCUAUAAUAAUUUUGUUUAUGGCAUGUUUUAUGAUUUGUAGGUGUACUCAUUAAGUUGUGAAUUAUUUUGUAAAUUUGAAGAGAUAUUAAUAAAACAUUUUGAUAAAUAUGUUCAUGUCUACAGUAUUAUAUUGCCAAAAGUUAUUGAUACAACUUCAGUAGCAAAACACAAUAACAAAAACAAUUAGUCAAAUUUACUACAACUAAGGAAGAAUUUUUUUCAAGAAAAUUUAGUCGGAUUCACAAAAGAUCAAACAUUACAUAAGUUCAAACAUAUAACAGUUUUACUAGAAGUAUUUUGGGAAGUCUUCUAGACUUCUCGUAAGACUUAAAUUUAAAGCGGAAAAUUCAAAUUUAAGCGGGAAACUCAAAUUUUAAGUGAAAAUUAAAAUUUCAAAUUUUAUAAAAGUUAAAAGUAUAUCUUAUGAUCUAAGAAGACACAUUAAACCAUAUAACUUGAUAUUCUUGAAGUUACUUGAUACUUUUGAAAGUGAAAAAUAUAUCUUGAAGCUGAAAAUACAAGUUUUACAAAAACUUAAACCAAUUAGACUUCCCGUGAAGACUUCUAGAAUUAUCUAGAAACAUUAAUAAACAUGAAUGUUGAUAACCCCAUAAUUAAAGCUAAUUAAGUUAUUUAUAUAUUUAACUUUUAUUUUGUGGGAAAAUAAGUUUAAAACUUUUAAUUCAGAGAUAUAUAAAACAAGGUCAUAGUUUGGGAGACAUUUGAUGUUAUACGAUAUUUCUUGUGGGAAAAUAGCUCGUCGGCUUUUAUUUUAUUUUAUGUAAUUAAUAACUAUACAGUUUUUUGAAACUGAUUUACCAACUAAUGACAAGCCACGUGAUCAAUCAUGUUAUAGUGUAUUUAAAAAAUUAAAGAUAUUAGAAAAACAGAAUUAACAGUAAGUUAUUAACAAAAUGCAAAAAAAAAUACUAACUCAAAUUUCUAAUACAUGAGAUUUUGUUUGAUUUUGAGUUAGCAAUUGAAUUAUCAAUUUUACUAAAGGGAUAACUCAAACAUAACACACUUUAACUCUAAACAGUAAUUCAAAAAAUUAAAGCUAAUUUAUGAUUGGUAACUAACAUUUUUGAGUUAUACUCUUAACUCAAAUUUAAUCAAGUGUAAUUUAUGCACCAAUUAAAACUUAAUCAAUUUGUAGUUGGAUCUUUGUUUGGGUCGAGUUUUCAAUAUCAAUUGAUACCAACUGGUUUACUAUUGGUUAACGCCAUAAACCAUUAAAACUAAGCCAAUCUUAGUUUGUGUGGAAACAUGUUUUGAUCUUUUAGACUAAUAAGGAGAAAGAGACGUGUGUCUUGCUGAUGAUGUUGUGACCUUUAUCAAAACUAAGACAAGUGUUUUAUGAGGUGGUGGAUUAUUAGAUAAUCAUGAUCUUUAACACAUUUGUCAGCCAUCUUUUUUUCUUCUUUUUAAAAAAAAAAAAAUUGGUUAAACUUUCAUUGGCCAUCAUAUUUAUAAAAGGGACGAAAUUGGUUUAAGUUUGUCUGGACGGAAUUAUAUUCUUCGAUCACGAUCCUUCACAUGAAGGCGUGAAGCAUCGGAGAACGUUAGAUGAGACAUUUUAUUCUAAAUAAUUUUAAUUAUAUAUUACAGGAAAGAUUUGAAGGAAAAGUACACAUGUGUGUGGUAUAUAAAUACAGAACAGGGAGUAUUGCUUACAACAUAUCUCUUUUCGAGAUCUAAAUCCAUUUUGUCCACCAAACUUUUCUUUCUAUUUUGUAUUUUGGUAUGGUAUCUCUCUAGACUCGGUCCACCAAACUUUCCUUACUAUUUCGAGAUCUAAAUCCAUUUUGUCCCAGAUUCCCAAAUAUAAAGGCCGGUAUGGAAGCUGCACGAAGUUUGUUAGGGAAAGGAAUUACUCUUCUAAAAAACCUGCAACAUAUGGCCCUUUCCGUAACCGAGUCAGGGGCACGGCUUUUCGUUACUAGAUUCUUGAGACAGUUCAUAUCGAUUGGUUGUUUAACGAUACUAGAAGACGGAGGAACAAUGUUCACGUUCGGAGGAAAUUAUUCUAAUUGUCUUUUGAAAUCUAUCCUCAAGAUUCACAGUCCUCAGUUUUACUGGAAGGUGAUGACACAAGCGGAUUUAGGACUGGCAGAUGCUUAUAUCAGUGGAGAUUUUUCUUUCGUGGAUAAAGAGUUGGGAAUGUUGAAUCUGAUUAUGAUUCUCAUUGCUAAUAGAGACUUGAGCUCAAGAAAACCAAACUUUGCUAAGAAAAGGGGAUGGUGGACACCAAUGUUUUUAACUGCCGGUUUAGCAUCUGCAAAGUAUUUUUUUAAGCAUGUCUCUAGGCAAAACACUCUAACACAAGCUCGAAGGAACAUUUCUCGUCAUUAUGACCUUAGCAACGAGCUUUUUAGUCUUUUCAUGGAUGAUACCAUGGCUUACUCCUCUGCAGUAUUCAAGUCAGUGAAUGAGGAUCUAAGAACUGCACAAAUGAGAAAAAUAACUCUUUUGAUUGAAAAGGCAAGGAUAGAAAAGAAUCAUGAGGUUUUAGAGCUAGGAUGCGGAUGGGGAACCUUGGCCAUAGAAGUUGUCAGAAGAACUGGAUGCAAAUACACUGGCAUUACUCUAUCUAUUGAACAGCUUAAAUAUGCAGAAGCCAAAGUGAAAGAAGCUAGACUUGAGGAUAGGAUUACAUUUCAGCUUUGCGAUUAUCGCCAACUGUCUGAUGCUCAGAAACAUGACAGAAUCAUAGCUUGCGAAAUGAUAGAAGCGGUUGGCCACGAGUUCUAUGAAGCGUUUUUCGGCUGCUGUGAAGUUGCGCUUGCAAAAGACGGCAUUUUUGUCAUGCAGUUCACAGCUGUACCUGAAGAGCUUUACGAUGAGACCAGACUAAGUUCAGGUUUCAUAACGGAAUACAUAUUUCCAGGUGGCUGUCUUCCUUCUUUAGCCAGAGUUACUUCAGCCAUGUCCUCCUCCUCUAGGCUAUGCAUUGAAGACGUCGAGAACAUUGGGAUUCAUUACUACUAUACACUGAGAUGUUGGAGGAAGAGAUUCUUGGAGAACCAAAAACAAAUCAUGGAGCUUGGAUUCGAUGAUAAAUUCAUAAGGACAUGGGAGUAUUAUUUCGACUAUGUUGCCGCUGGUUUCAAAACUCUUACCCUUAGAAGCUACCAGAUAGUUUUUUCACGUCCAGGGAACAUUGCUGCAUUCGGACAUCCAUUCCAUAGUUUCCCUUCUGCUCUGAAAAAACAAGAGUAGAUGAAUCAUUGCUUUUGUUAUUUCCUUGUCAGCUUGCCUUGUUUGUUUGCAAAAGUAUUUGUAUUGUCGAAAGAUCUACUUUCACCAUUGAUUAAACAACCUUGUUCAAGACCAUAUAUCAAUAUCUCUUCUACAAUGUAAUAUCAUACACUUUUACUUAACAUUUGAUGGAGCAACAAAUCAA